GCCCAGCUCCCAUGAUGACGAGCGUGCCUGCGAUCGAAUCAAGGCAGCGGCCCGAGCGAGCGUACAUAGCGCUCAACUGUCCGCACUGCAGAGCAGCGCUCGAAUUUCAGCCGCCGCCAUCAAGCAGCUUUUCAUCUGCAAGCUCGACGACGCAAGCAAGCGCCCUCCCUUAUCCACCUUGGAAGGACAAUUCGCCCCCUUACCGAGUCAGAUGCAGCGUAUUGAGCUGCAGCAAGCUCAUCGAUCCUCCCCGACCUGAUAUCGCCCCUGCGAACACGAGCACGAGCACGAGCACGAAACCUGCCGUGAAUGGCAAGGCCGGCACGAGCAAGAAGAAGGAGAAGACGAGACGGAUAGGGACAGACGAGCGACCGCUUGAGAAGACCUACUAUGAGACAUUGGGCGUCGAGCAUACCGCGUCGGUCGCAGAGAUCAAGUCUGCCUAUCGGAAGCUCGCCAUCAAGUUCCACCCGGACAAAAAUCCGGGCAGCAAAGAAGCAGAAGAUCGCUUCAAGCAGAUCAGCAAAGCCUACUCAACGCUCUCUGACCCCGAUCUCAGAAGGAGAUACAAUGAGUUUGGCGCGUCGGCACUGCAAGGAUCUGGCGAGAGCGCAGAAGAAGGCUUCGUCGAUCCGGAAUCAGUCUUUGGCUCCCUCUUUGGGGGCGAGAAGUUCCACGACAUAAUUGGCGUGAUAGCAAUGGGCAAAGAAAUGAAAUCCUCCAUGCAGAAAGAUGCAGAAGAAGAGGAAUCAGAUGAGGAGCAAGGCAAAGACGACUCGGUCAAGAAGAAGAAGAAAGAACUCACCCCCGAGCAAAAGGCAAAACAGGACGCCGAAGAGCGCAAGCAAACUGAAGAGCGCAACAAGGCCAGGGAGGAGCGAGUCAAAUCGCUCGUAGCCGCUCUGAACAAGAAGCUCCAGAUUUUCGAGCGUGAAGCCGAUCCUGCCAUCGCAUCGUCUGUCAAGCAGAUUUGGGAGAUCGAAGCGGAAGAGCUCAAGAAUGAGUCGUAUGGCGUCGAAUUGCUUCACUCGGUCGGACACGUUUACUCGGCCAAAGCGAAACACUAUGCAGCGUCGCUCAGCACGCCACUCGGCAUCGGUGGUUGGAUUCACGGUUUCCGUUCGACUGCUCACGUCUUUAGCGAGACGAUGUCCACCCUGUCUGCGGCUAAUGAGCUUCGCAAAGUCUUCAACGAGCUGUCCUUGGCCGAAGAGAAGGGAUUGGACGACGCAGCGAAGAAAGAGCUCGAGGACAGGGCAGCACAGAAAGGCGUAGAAGCCCUGUUCAAGGGCACCAAGCUCGAAGUCGAAUCUGUCGUUCGCGAAGUCUGCGAUCGCGUUCUGGGCGAGUCUGGCAUAACACUCGAGGAGCAGCGCAGACGCUGCGCCGGUCUAGCCAUCCUCGGUCAGGUGUACGCCGCAGUGCGCAAGACAGACGAUGUCAGCAGUGGGGAUCGAGACUACGUCAGGAUAGACACGAAGAAGGAGGCAACGAAACUCAUGUUGCGCAGCUCAUCCCUUCUCACGCUGAUCGCUGCACUAUGUGCACUUCACGCAGGCGCUCAUACGUCACGUCAGCACAUUGAAGGACACCACUCACACGACGUUGAUACCAAGUAUCGAGCGAAAGUAUUCGACCCAUCGGCUGUUCGCUUCGGCUGGUGGAAAGCCGAGCAUGCCAGCACGAUCAGCAAGCGCGAUGAUGUUGCAGACGAUGACGUUCCUCCGACGUUUGACGACCUCGAACACGCCAGCAUUACUGGUUUUGUCCUCGUCAAUUGCACUCGCAUGGGUCUCCUCAACCACGGUCUCGUCAUUUCGUCCCAUCAGUCCACUGGCGCAGUCCUCACAUAUAUCGACACCAGCACGCCCGGAGCCAUCAUCGCUAACCCAUUCUACCUCGUCGCUAAGCCGACUUCUCGACCGGCUCCUAAUGGCGUCUCAAUGACGACGGCGACUAACGAGCUCGAUCCUUCGCGGCCCGAGCUCGUCCAGCUCCGUUAUCCCGUACUGACGGUGGGAGCUGCUUACGACCAUUGUAUCACGUUUGACAGACUCUCAGGCCUCUCGCUGGAUCGCUGCGACGUAUUCGGAUCUGCGAAGGGCGCAGCGCAGACGUACGAAGCUUACAAUCAUGUGCUCGUGCCACUUGACCAGGCUCGCUCAUCGAUCGACUCGGCAUCCGAAGCUAGCGCGUCCAAACAGAUGAAUAUCGACGACAAGGACACGAUCAUGCAGGGCAUGCUUAUGACGCUCCUCUUCGUACCAGCCUAG